AUGGGCAACGAAGCCACAACAACUAUUGCAGACGCUGUCACGGCCCGCAACGCGGUCGCGUCUCGAUACCGCGAGGCUCUUGAAGCGCGCGCGUCGAAUCCGGAUCAAAUCUUCUAUGAUGCUGAAGACCUAAUCGAGCUUGAUUCAAAUCUUGUGGCUUUGUCCAGUGCGUCGCAGGAGAACCCAAGGACCUGGCCACUUCGACGGAAGUGGGUAGUUACACUGUUGACUGGAACGUACUGCUUCCUGGCCCCAUUUGCGAGUACCAUAUUCGCGCCAUCCCUCUCGUCAAUGAUGGAAGAUGUUGGAGAGACAGACCCCAUCAAGGGCGCACUUCAGAUUGCCAUCUUUCUUCUCUCGUUUGCCCUCGCCCCAAUAUUCCUCGCACCCCUUAGCGAGAUAUAUGGCCGCCGCCCUGUCCUCCGGCUAGGCAACGCGUUCUUUGCCGCGUUCAGCCUUGGGAGCGGAUUUUGUCGGACGACGGCUCAGCUGUCGGCAUGUCGCUUCCUCGCUGGAAUCGGCGGGUCGGCAUCCAUGGCCGUCUUCGGCGGCGUGCUAUCCGAUGUCUGGCCUCUUCAAGACAGGGCUCGCGCGUCGGCCAUCCUGGGCACCACGCUGUUGCUGGGUCCUGUUUUAGGACCUGCGUGCGGCGGCUGGAUGUCUGAGCGCGCGUCCUGGCGGUGGACAUGCUGGGUCCCGGCAAUAGCGGCUGCAGUCCUGGAACUAGUCUCGACGUUUGCAUUCCACGAGUCGUACAUCCCGGCCAUUCUCAAAGCCAAGGCGAAACGUCUACGCAAGCAGCAGUCCAACCCUGACUUGUACACUGUGAUGGACAUUGAUGCAGCAAGUGGAAGAGCAUCUAGCACUCUCGCGAUUAUUGAAUCUGCCAGCCGUCCAGUCACGUAUCUCGUCCUCGACCCGGCACUAACCUUGUUGUCGCUUUAUUACGCCGUCGUCUUCGGAAUUCUGUACCUAGUAAUCGUCACUUUCCAAUUCGUCUUUGGUCAGGGAUACGGCCACUCGCCCGGCGUCGUGGGGAUGGAUCUGCUCGCCGAGGGCAUUGGUGCGUUUCUCGGCAUGUAUACCACCGCCAAGCUUUUGGAAAUUGUCUACCGGAGGCAGAUCAAGAAGAAAGAGUACAAGUUGGAGACUAGGUUGAUCAGCGCAUUUCCAGGGGCAAUGUUCGUGUCAGCCGGCCUGUUCAUCUACGGAUUCACAGCGCUUCGAACUCAUUUUAUUGUGCCCCUACUCGGAGUGCUCGUCUUCAGUUUCGGUACCACAAACACAUAUUUGGCAAUACAGCUGUACAUAAUCGACAGCUUCGACUAUCCUGCAUCAGCCAUUGCCGGACGUGAGUACAAUUGA